UCUAUUCUCACUAAUUAAUAUUCUCCCCCCCCCCCUCUCUCUCUCUCUCUGUCUCUCCGGUGUGGCGGCGCUGAUGGCUUCAAGUGAGACUGCAGAUCUGGACGAGUUUCUCAUCCUCGAUUACGACCACCUCCGCUAUCCCGACACCGCCGAUGCAUUAUUCAACACCGUUUGCUCCGCCGCGUUCCACAACCUCCUCCCCGAUGUGGUGAGUUCAUUUUCAACUUGUGGUGGAGUAACAGUCACAGACACCCUUUACUCCCAAAAGCUCACUCCCAAAUGUUCCACCGUGACUGCUACCAAUGACUCUCAGUCAUCAAUUUGUGUUGGAAGUCCAGUGUCAGCUAAUAAGCCAAACAUGGGAGGAGAGAAUCAUCUGAAAGGAACUUCAAGUGGUUCCUCCGACCGGUCUGAUGAGGAUGAUGAUGAAGCAGGUCCCUGUGAACAAAGCAAUAAUCCACAAGAUGUCAAGCGCCUUAGAAGGAAGGUUUCGAAUCGUGAAUCUGCGAGGAGAUCAAGAAGAAGAAAACAAGCUCAUUUGGCUGAACUUGAGACACAGGUUGAAAAACUGAAGCUGGAAAAUGCAACCCUGUACAAGCAGUUCACAGAUGCUAGUCAGCAAUUUCGCGAGGCGGAUACUAAUAAUCGAGUGCUCAAAUCCGGUGUAGAAGCUCUGAGAGCUAAGGUGAAAUUAGCUGAGGACAUGGUGACUAGGAGCUCUUUCACCAAUCAGAUUCUUCAGAAUCCAUGUCAAUUGAGCACCCCACCACAACUGAACUCUAAUCUGAGAGGCAUGGCACAUGUUUCUCCAACCAUCACUAUCCAUGGAGAUAAUGCCUCAUAUAAUGGCAUCAGAGUUGGUGAACAGAAUUUUUCUACUCUUGGGUUUGGAAACUUGGAUCACAUGACCUACAACAACAACAACAAUGUCAACAAUAUUGGAGUUAUAAGUGAUGCUAUGAGCUGUGUUACCAUGUGGCCAUGAUCAAGGGUUUGAUGAACAAUUGGCUAGACUUUAAUUGUAGCGUCACCAAUUAGAUGUCCAACUUUAUAUUUUAAGUCUUGUCUAUGUGAUUAGUGGGUUAUAUAUGUGUAUGUUAUUGUCUUGGGGUGGUUCCUCUUUAUCAUAUGCUAAUUAAAAUAGUGUCAUUUCUCCUUAAAA